CCCGCACCCUUUUUUUUCAGGGCUCUCUUGGCAAGGGUAUACUUCCGGGUUAAAGGAUUUACUUCCGGAGAGCGGGAAGGCUGAAACGCGGUGGCUAACCCAAGGCCGAGUUGGCGAGGUCCUGGGUGGAGAAGGCUGUAAAAAUGGACAGGGGUGGCUUCGGAGACUUGUCAUCCCCUGUGAUCCGAGAGGCAGAGGUGACACGCACUGCCAAGAAACAGAGUGCUCAAAAGAGAGUUUUAAUUCGAACAUCCCAAGAUGAAAAUUUUGUUAAUACCACACCAAGAAAUCAGAUUAUCCCUCGAACUCCCAGCUCAUUUCGACAGCCUUUUACUCCACUGAACCGAAGCUUGCUAAAGCACCCAGAUGUUUCCUGCAUCCUUGGAACAGGAGGGAGGUCUCCUCGACUUACACAGUCUUCAGGGUUCUUGGGAAAUCUGUCCAUGAUAACCAAUCUGGAUGACAGUAACUGGGCGGCUGCGUUCUCAUCCCAGCGCUUAGGGCUGUACACAGGCGUGGACGCCCACAGUGUCACAGAGGACGUGAAUCUCAGCGCGGUCAUGCUACGUGAGGAUGAUCCUGGCGAGGCUGCAUCCAUGAGUAUGUUUUCUGAUUUCCUGCAGUCUUUUUUGAAGCACUCUUCAACUACAGUUUUUGACCUUGUGGAAGAGUAUGAAAACAUUUGUGUUAGUCAGGUGAACAUAUUAAGUAAAAUAGUGAGCCGAGCAACACCUGGACUUCAGAAGUUUUCAAAAACAGCCAGCAUGCUGUGGCUUCUUCAGCAGGAGAUGGUUACGUGGAGACUGCUGGCUUCAUUGUAUAGAGACAGAAUACAAUCUUCAAUAGAAGAUGAAAAUAUGUUCGCAGUUACUGCUGUUAAUGCCAGUGAGAAAACAGUUGUGGAAGCAUUAUUUCAGAGGGAUUCACUGGUCCGGCAAAGUCAGCUGGUGGUAGAUUGGUUAGAGAGUAUUGCCAAAGAUGAGAUUGGAGAUUUUUCUGAUAAUAUCGAGUUUUAUGCAAAAUCAGUAUAUUGGGAAAAUACUCUGCACACCUUAAAGCAACGACAGCUAGCAUCUUAUAUAGGAAGUGUCCGUCCUCUUGUCACUGAAUUGGAUCCUGAUGCUCCUAUAAGACAGAAGAUGCCCCUUGAUGAUCUGGAUAGAGAAGAUGAAGUUAGAUUACUCAAAUAUCUUUUCACUCUAAUCCGUGCUGGAAUGACAGAUGAGGCACAGCGACUCUGUAAACGGUGUGGUCAGGCAUGGAGAGCUGCCACACUUGAAGGCUGGAAGCUGUAUCAUGACCCCAAUGUGAAUGGAGGAACAGAAUUAGAAGCUGUGGAAGGGAAUCCAUAUAGACGCAUUUGGAAAAUAAGUUGUUGGAGAAUGGCGGAAGAUGAGCUUUUUAAUAGAUAUGAGAGAGCAAUUUAUGCAGCUUUAAGUGGGAAUCUCAAACAGCUUCUUCCCGUGUGUGACACCUGGGAAGACACAGUGUGGGCCUACUUCCGGGUGAUGGUGGACAGCCUGGUUGAACAGGAGAUCCGGACGUCAGUAGUAACUCUGGAUGAAACUGAAGAACUCCCUAGAGAAUAUUUAGAAACAAAUUGGACCUUAGAAAAGAUUUUUGAAGAACUUCAAGCUACUGAUAAAAAGAGAGUUCUGGAAGAGAAUCAAGAACAUUAUCACAUAGUUCAAAGAUUCCUUAUUCUGGGAGAUAUUGAUGGUUUGAUGGACGAGUUUAGCAAAUGGCUUUCUAAAAACAGAAACAAUCUGCCUGGACACCUCCUCCGCUUCAUGACCCACCUCAUUUUGUUUUUCCGGACUCUGGGACUACAGACCAAAGAAGAAGUUUCUAUUGAAGUUUUAAAGACAUAUAUACAGCUGUUAAUAAACGAGAAGCAUACAAAUCUCAUAGCAUUUUACACUUGUCACUUGCCUCAAGACCUAGCUGUUGCCCAGUAUGCAUUAUUUUUGGAAGGUGUUACAGAAUUUGAACAGCGACACCAUUGCCUGGAGCUGGCUAAAGAAGCAGAUUUGGAUGUUGCAGCAAUAACAAAAACUGUUGUAGAGAAUAUUCGAAAGAAAGAUGACGGUGAGUUCAGUCAUCAUGACCUGGCCCCAGCCCUGGAUACUGGCACCACUGAGGAGGACCGCUUAAAGAUUGAUGUAAUUGACUGGUUGGUGUUUGACCCAGCACAGAGAGCAGAAGCUCUAAAACAAGGCAAUGCAAUAAUGAGGAAAUUUUUGGCAUCAAAAAAGCACGAAGCUGCAAAAGAAGUAUUUGUGAAAAUUCCUCAGGAUUCCAUAGCAGAAAUCUAUAAUCAAUGGGAGGAACAAGGAAUGGACAGUCCACUUCCUGCUGAAGAUGAUAAUGCUAUCAGGGAACAUUUGUGUAUUAGAGCUUAUUUGGAGGCCCACGAAACUUUUAAUGAGUGGUUCAAGCAUAUGAAUUCAGCGCCUCAGAAACCUACUUUGAUACCGCAAUCAACUUUUACUGAGAAAGUGGCUCAUGAACACAAAGAAAAGAAAUAUGAAAUGGAUUAUAAUAUCUGGAAAGGACAUUUGGAUGCCCUAACAGCUGAUGUGAAAGAGAAGAUGUAUAACGUCUUGUUAUUUGUUGAUGGAGGGUGGAUGGUAGAUGUCAGGGAGGAUGCUGAGGAAGACCAUGAAAGAACGCACCAGAUGGCUUUGCUGAGAAAGCUCUGCCUGCCCAUGCUGUGCUUUCUGCUGCACACCAUCCUGCACAGCACCGGCCAGCACCAGGAGUGCCUGCAGCUAGCAGAUAUGGUGUCCUCCGAGCGCCACAAACUGUAUCUGGUAUUUUCUAAGGAAGAACUAAGGAAAUUGCUGCAGAAGUUAAGGGAAUCCUCGCUGAUGCUUCUUGACCAGGGACUUGAUCCUCUAGGAUAUGAAAUUCAGUCGUAAUUCGUCCAAGCUUUGUAUGCCUACUAAUUUCCAGGGUGAAUGGGGAGGUUUUUUUAUAUAUAUAUUAAAAUAUACAUAUUUGUAAUUACGGGA